UUAUGAAUGAGCCGCUGGAUGUACAACCGGAAGAAGACUGUACGCGCUCCAGCAGGAUGGUUUCCUUGCUCGGGACAUAACUGUCACUAAUAACGAAACUGCUCAUGCUUUUUGUGGUUAAAAUGUCGUUGCUGUUAUUGCGGUGACGCUUCCGACAUCAUGAUAAGAUGAAACGCGAGGGAUGCUACUGUGCAGUAACAAGCUAGCUGAAGCUAACUGUUAGCCGCUGUGUUAUGAGGAGAAGGAUGCUAACCAGAGGAGAAAGGUGUGGUACAAGUGUGAAAUGUACAUGGAGGUAUUGACGAUGAUCACAGCUGGCUGAGGUCAACCCCCCCACCGCGCUGACCCAGCAGGUGCGAUCCAGGUUGAGAGGAAGCCGGAGCCAUGAAGGAGGAGGGCAGGGCCGAGUGUGGAGGCGAGGCUCUGUUCGAGGACCCAGACUUCCCCUCGGAGGACACGUCCCUGCUCUGUGACGGCUCCACGCCCAUCGCCAGGCUGCAGGGAGAGGUCACCUGGCUCCGCCCACAGGAGAUCUGCCGAUCACCAGCUCUCUUUCCUGACAACAUCAAUCUGGCUCAUGUGAAACAAGGCCUAUUAGGAGACUGCUGGUUUCUCUGCGCCUGCACCUUCUUGCUCAAGAACAAACAUCUGCUGAACAAGGUGUUUCCUCCAGACCAGCCUCAGUGGGGUGACAGCAGGUACAGGGGCUCCUUCCAGUUCAGUUUCUGGCAGCAGGGAUACUGGACAGAGGUGACCAUCGACGACCGCCUGCCCUGUAUCAACUCCACCCUUUGCUUCUCGCGCUGCCACUCCCCCUCUGCUUUCUGGGUAGCCCUGUUGGAGAAGGCCUAUGCCAAGCUUCACAGCUCAUAUGAGCGACUGUGGGCGGGGCAGGUGUCCGAGGCCCUGGUGGAUUUGACCGGGGGCCUGGUGGAGCGCUGGAGCUUGGGAGACUUUGGGUCGGAGGAGGAGCAGAGACCAGAACAGGACAGCGACCAGGUCAGGAGGAGAAGGCUGGACCUGAACCUUCUGCACCUGGUGAAAGACCAGUGUGCAGUCAGCUGCUCCACUCAGAGCAGCCCUGGAGGGGCCAGUGAGUUGGGUCAGUACCACGCACUGACUGUCAUGGAGUGGUUGGAUGUGAAGACGGUGUCAGGAAGUGAAGUACGGCUGCUCAGGAUCAGAAACCCCUGGGGGCGAUGCUGCUGGGGAGGGGCCUGGAUAGGCAGUGGUUCUGGUUGGAGCUCUGUCAACCCGGUUACCGCUGUGGACCUUCAAUCCAGGGUGGCUGAGGGCGAGUUCUGGUUGGAUGAGACCGAAUUUCUGUCCCACUUUGAUGAUGUCACAGUGGGCUACCCCAUCAGUGAUGAGGGGCACCUAAAGAGCAUCUAUACUGGAAAUCUGCUGACACACAGCCAUCAGCUGGCUGGCCGAUGGAUGAAAGGACACUGUGCGGGCGGCAGCCGUAACAGCAGCAGCUACAGCAGCAACCCUAAGUUCUGGCUCAAAGUGUGUGAGAGAGGAGAGGUGCUGGUGUCGCUGCUGCAGCAUAGGAAAUGGAGAAACACGGAAAAAUAUGCACAAACGCUACUGGAGGAUAGCAAGAACACAAAGCACCAGCACUACCAGGCUAUCGCUCUACACAUAUGGAAGGUGGAGAAGAAGCGUUUUAAUCUAAGCCGGAUGUUGAACAAACCUCCCUGUGCUUCCACGCACUGCCACGCCUACGAGAGAGAGGUGGUCCUCCAUGGAGACCUGGAGCCUGGAUACUACCUGCUGAUCCCCAGCACCUACCAGCCAGGAGCUGAGGCCCGCUUUCUCAUCAGGGUCUUUUCUUCCUCUUCAACAUCCCUCAGUGCCCUGAAAAGCCCAGCACCUUCACUGCCAUCAACAACAGACGGAGAGUGGGAGAACACUUCCUUCAGCGGCUCGUGGGUGGAGGGAAGGACGGCCGGAGGAAGCAGGAACUUCCUGUCUCACCGUCAGAACCCCUGCUUCCCUUUUACAGUGUGCGAUGAGUCAGCAGUGACAUCAGGAGUUAAUGUGAGGAUUACCCUGCGCCAGAGCCGCCCCGACACAGACCUGCAUCCUAUUGGCUUCCACAUUUAUAAGUCUCUAGAAGGGGAAUCUGAGACAUCACCCAGGGACGAUGAUCCCGUGGCCAGCUGUGUCCCCCACUGCUACACCCAGGAUGUGACCCUGGCCUGCUGUCUCCCUCCCGGAGCGUACACCAUAGUGCCGUCCACUUAUCAGCCCGACUGCUCUGCAAGCUUCACCCUCAGCCUGGCUCGCAGAAUACACAGGAAAGUGGUGAAAAGUCAGGAGAGGCUGGGAAGAGCCAUUCAGGAGAUCUCUCACAUCUCUGUGAUGCAAAGCUAGUUCUCUGGGACUGUUGCUGCUCCACUGACGUCGCCUCACCUCCCUGUGCCUCUUGGCCCAUGAUGAAAGAGCCGGUCCCUCCCGUCGGCCCUCGCCAUGAAUUCUGUAUGUGUGUGUGUGCAUAUAUGUAUGUGUAUGUAUGUGUACCGCCAGUGGCUGAGAAGGCAGUGCGGGCAGAUAUAGUGGGAAUGUGUGUGUCGGAAAACCGAGAAAAAGCCCUUUAUCUUGAACCGCUGAGGCUCAGGGCCGAUGGGCAGCCACACACUCAUUGGCGAUUAGGACAUCAGAGGUUGUCGGUGGGCUGGGCUGCUAAUGAAGUAUGACGGGACUGGCUGGUGUAAACAAACAGCCGCCAUUGAAGAGGGCCGCCGCUGCUCUUGCUCAUUCACUCACUGGUGCGCCUGCCGGCCUGGAACAAAGGGCCCUCUCAUGAAGGUCCUCACAGAGGCACAGGGGGCGAGGGGAUGGUCUCCGACAGCAGAGCCAACCAAACCACACCACACCAUACCGUGCCAUACCAUGCCAGAGCUUUUCCUCCCAUCCCUCACCCCCACACCCCCCACCCAGACACUCUGCUCCUUAACCUCGCUUGCAUUGUUUGUCUCCAGACAUAGAUGCAGGGGUCCCCCUCCCUGUUCUCUCAUCCCCAAACCUCCUCACCGUCCAGACUCACACUGAAGUCAGGCUGGACCUAAAAGAAGUCCACUCAGUUCCUGACUCCACCCCAGCUCCCUUUUUCGUCCCCCCCAGACUCGGUCCACGGCUCUGCUUGGACCUGAACAGAGCGACGGUUUGAAGUUGCCGCGAGAACAGAUGACAAGUGGACGGGACGGUGGGGAUGAAACAAGGGAUGCGGCACAUCAGAGGAGGCCGGUUCAUGUGAAGAAGCUGCCAGUCCCCUCUUAUUUUUUGUUUUGUUUUUGUUUUGUGCGUUGAGGCUGCCUAUGUGUGGUGGUGUGUGUGUGUGUGUGGAAGUCACAGGGUUUCUGAUCAAAUCAUCUGAGCCAGUGAUAACAGAGACUUUCACAAAGCUAUAAUUGAUGACUGGAGCGGUACUGUGCUGUGUAUUUAUUAUGAUUGGGAGUCAUCUGUAUGAGAUGUGAUGAAUAAAAUCACUUGAUGCUC